ACCAGCUGGUCAGCUCGAUGUUUAUUGCCUGUCGAUUGUAAACAAGAAGAGCGUGUUAAGGGAAAUCAUCAACAACUUAAGCCUGAGUUAGCACUUCCACGAAAAGAUGUUUCGCUUUGCUUUGAUUAUACUAUUGCAAAGUUUACUUCAAAAAAGUUUACAACAGAAUUUAUCGGCGUUAGCUGAAACAGACAUCAAAAAAGAAUACUGGAACUUAUUCAAAACACCAGAGGAAAUCGACGAUGGGAAAGUAAAGGAGAAACUGGAACGCAUUAUUUUUACGCAGCACUUUUUUCGCGGGAUUGGUUCAAGUUCAAGCGAAACAAAAUCUAAUUCGAGAGUAUCUUAUCAUGGAUGCUGUGAAUCUACCUCCAACCUAGUAACCUACGAGACCCUCCCGAACAUGCUAGGUCAGAAUGUCACCCUGGUCAGCUUAUCCAACAGGAAACAGUAUUUUACUAAAGAAACUUGCCGGGCAGCGGAGAACUGCUUCCUUGGCUGCCGUUGUGUGAUGGUCGACGAAAUAUUUUCUGCCCUGGUGUACAACCCGCUCUACCCCAAGUCCAGCAACGAAAAGGUCAUCCUGACCUUCGUCCACACUCCUUCAUUUUGUCGCUGUUACAAUGUCGGAGAGUAGCCGUAGCACUCAGGCUAACGUGUUGAAUAAACAUACGGUUGACAA